CGAGCGUCGCGACCAAUCCGCACAGUGCACACUCGGCGUUCUCGGUUUGCGGCGCGCGGAUGCCGUGUACGAUCGUAUCUCCGCCGCUGACUACUUGCCGCUAUUCCGCGAUCGCGCGUUCGAUUUCCUCGGAUUACACGCCGAGUCAUCCGCGUCAUCCGCCGAGUCGACGACCGCCCUCCCCGACGUCCUAGCCAUGUCGGUGAUCUACAAGAACUCGAUGAACGCCAUCGGCAAGUUCGUGCCCGGGAGCCUGCAGCCUCUGUGGAAACAUCCAGCUGGUCCACAAACCAUCUUCUUCUGGGCACCGGCCUUCAAAUGGGGUCUCGUAAUGGCCGGCAUCGGUGACUUGCAGAGGCCAGCGAACAAAAUCUCCGUCAGCCAAUCUUGUGCCUUGGGCAUCACGGGGUUAAUAUGGACCAGAUACUCCUUAGCCAUCACCCCGAGGAACUGGAAUCUCUUUAGCGUGAACCUCUUCGUCGCGUUUACAGCUAUAUACCAAAUAACGAGAUCCCUGAGGUAUCAGCGCCAGCAAGCAGCUUUGGAGGCAACGAAGGAGGCGAUCCCGUCAGACGCAGCUCACUGACGAUAACUGUAUAUAUAGAUAGACGUACAUUCCUAGGAAAUGGAAAAAGGAAUAUUUAAUUCCUCGCUACUUCGCGUUUCGUGAAACGUUUAUGUUACUGUUUAGCACGUCGGGACGAGUAGUCUAGGGACGUGACGUCUAGCAUAUUCGAUCAAUAUGCUUUAAUGACGAUCGAAAAAAUUGAAAAGGUAGAUUGGCGAUACAUUGUAAUAUAAAAUUGGUUCAAACUUUUCUAAUCAUGAAAACAUCACGUUCGAUCUGUUCGCGGUCGGGCUCGUAGCACGUAUAUUCUUUGAUCAAUUAACAAAUUAAUGUUUCUAAAAACAAGGUGAUAUUUGAUUGACGUCUCGACGAUUUUUCAAAUGUCUUUAUGCGAUAUCUGUUAGACGUCCAGAUUGAACGUAUAGCGAUUUUUAAGGUCGAUUGAAUUUCCUGAUGCCAAACUGUGAUACGUGACGCACGACGUAAUAUUAUUCAGUUCGGAUACGAUAAAUGAAUAUUAUAAAUACUAGAUAGAUAAAGAAAGUACAACUGUACAGGGCACAGGAGUCGAGAACGAGUCGGGUGUAAUAUAGGCACCGCGCGGAUUCGACGUAUCGUGCACGCCGUAUCGGUCGCUAUCAAUCCACCAACGCCUGAUUGUACCUAUAUAUAUAUUUGACCCGUUGCGCACCACGUGCGUUCUACGUAUAACUGUGCCCACGCGGUGCUCCUGCAUGACAUAUCGACGUUACGUGUUAUAAAGGGUUUAUAACGUGUCACUAUCGUAAAAUUUUAAAUUAACAUUGUUGUAACUCCCUCGCUCCGAUCAGAGUUGAAAUAAAACUACAGAUAUUUUUAACGUC